AUGGUGGAGCAGGACUCGCGCAGCAGCUUGCGACACAUCCUCGCCGACGAGCCCGCUGGACAAGAAUCCCGACCAGCACCGCCAACAACUCCAGCAUCCGCACCAGCGAUACGAGCCACAUCGGCAGCGGCUACGGGCGACCACGAAGCAUCGCCAGCACCUAAGGGCGACAAGGACGACGAAAAUGAGGCAGAGACUCCAUUGUACACAUCGACGACGCAGACAACGCGGCGCAAUGCGAAUGGCAGCGUGUCGUCAGUCUACUCGGGAAACAAGAUCCGCCAUCUGAAAAAGGAGGACGGCGUACCGCUAUGGCGCAAAGACAUCCAGUACGACUUCCUCGACAUCGUCUUCAAGGAUGACCACCGCGUCUUUACCCGCUACUCGGACAACACAAAGGGCCACACGUUUGCCGAAAUCUACGUCGACGCCAUGGCAAAGAGCAGCAAGUGCAGCAAGAUCCUCAAGGAGAAGCUGAAGGAAGACUUCGACUCGGCCAUCACCAUGGCCAUGGUCUGCCUGCUGGUCAACGUUGGCCGUAUGAACACAACUCUGAACUUCUUCCCCGAGAUGCGCGCUCAACUACGUACCUACCAUUCGAUUCCUGCCCUACAGGCACAUCAAGAUCCCAACGCCUACAAGCAACUGCAAGACGCGCCACGUUUGAAGUCCAUCCUCAAAGGUGCUACCGAAGACACGCCACAGCCAGGUACAAUCGAAGACAUUAGACAGGCUCCGAUACCACGGACCAACCCUGUCAAUCUGAUCUUCGUCCUGUCACAAUAUGCGCCCAAGAUCUCGGAACUCCACUUCAAUCAUCCUCGCGACUUCUUCGACCUCGUCAUGCGACCCAGCCUGAGCAGCAGAAGCAGAGCAACGGCAUUCCUCUGGCUCAUGUGGUGGUACCUCGAGAGCGACUUCUCCAAUGAGUCUGCUCUCAGUAACCCAUUCGGAGCAGGCUGCGAGCCAGAAGGCGGUGGUCAGCCAAUCAAAGUCCCCUCGCUUGAGAGUUUGACAGAGGAACAGGCUGCUCUGGAGAAUGUUGACAGUCAAGAAGAGAAGGAGUACGGGGAACAGAAGCGCAAGGAACGAAUUGCAAUUGUGGCAAGCGAACCGAGUCCUGCCAUGACAGCUCUCAAACGCGCGCGAAAAGAACAAAAAGAACGCAGCUUGUUUGCGGCGGGUCUCGGUGAUGCAAACUCAGAUGCUGGAACCAAGACCCCCAGCCGCGACUUUGACUCACCAGCACCACAUGAACACGAGAUUCGUCACUUGGCUUCACCAUCCGUGGGCACACCACAAGCUGCAGCACUGCCCAAAAAAGGCGCUGGACGAGGUAACCGGAACACCAACUUACACCACCCUUUCUUGCUACCCAACCCUGUUCACACAUCCCCUCCUGCCCCUCCUACCGUGCCGGAUGGCGUCUAUCUGCAGGCCCAACGAGGCCACGUCCCGACAUCUCCGUACCAACUCCAGACUCGGAACCGUCCGCUGACAUCACACCAAAAAGCAGUCAGCGAUUACCGCCGUGUGCGAAUCAACCAGAUCCUCGAUACCGGUAUCAGGCGACGCCACAUAGCAGCCAAACGUCAACGUCAAGAAGAGGGUAUACUACUACGGGCCUGGAAGCGCAUUCGCAUGCUGCCUUCAGGCUGGGACAGUGAAGAUGAAGGCACAGCCGACAAAGGUAAAGAAGACGCCAAAGAUAAGGACAAGGAUGAUGGCGGCUCCGGCAAAGGAAAGUCAAAAGAGGAAGAGAAGGCUGCCGCUGCGCUUCGUCGUGCUGCUGGCGGUGUGCGUAUUCUUGGAGGAUUCGCUCUGCCACUCACCGACAAGGAGCUCGAGCAAGAGAAGCAGCGUCCGCUAAACAGCAUUGCCAACGUGGCAAGAGACGAUGUAGGCGAGGAGGCACUGUUCUUCUCUCGAGCCUUCUCGCUUGGAAUGGUUUCACUCGACCGCGAAGAAAAUGCAGAUGCCGAGGGCAGUCUGUUACUCCCAUCACCGCCACUCAAGCCUGUUGACGACAUGGAAGACGAACGAGAGUUGCAAGCCAUGGACGAACUAGCUGCCACGAUUGUCAAACCCAGACAAGGCAGGAAGAGUCGUGGCGGAGGUGGAGGUGCGAGCAGGAAAUCCAAAGGUGGCGCGAGUAAGCUGGCGGAAGAAGCGAAGGAUGAAACACCAGGCGGCUCGAGGCUCUCUACCGCACGAGCAGACAACGAAGCAGAAGAUGAAGAUAUGCAUGACGAGGGCAAUGUCACCAUUGGCCCUAGUGCAGAGUUGGACGAUGAUGAAAGAGAGCUGCUCGGCGAGGCGGACACGGAAGAUGAAGAGGAAGACGAGGAUAACAUGGAUGAGGACUGA